AGAAUUGGUAAAGCCCAUUUUCCUCUUUGAAUGGGAGUAAAGAGGUAACAAAUCAAUGACCAGAUGUUGUAUAACAGCCACAUGGACCUUCUCGUAUCCUCCACCACGCUCUAGUUGUUUUCUCAGGUCUAAGUACUUAUAUCUCCUUCCUGCUCGAUGCUGUCCAGUUUUCUCCAUCAAAAAACCACACUCAUCACAACAGUAACCGCAGUACUCGCAGCAAUUACAGCCGUUUACAUGCUCAAUAGCAACAACCCCACCACUUCAACUGAACAAUCUAUGAAAGCUACGAACAACUUGAGAACAGCCAUGUCCAGCCUCUCCCACGCAAAGAUCGUCCCCCGGCCCUCCAAAACAAGAGGCGGAGGGGACCAUGGUUGGCUGAAAACAAAACAUACCUUCUCGUUCGCUGGUUGGCAUGAUCCUCGAUACAUGCAGUUUGGAUCCCUCCGCGUCCUCAAUGAAGAUCGAGUCGAACCAGGCCAAGGCUUUCCUACUCAUUUCCACCAAAACGCCGAAAUCUUCAGCUACAUCCUUUCCGGCGAACUAACACAUCGGGACUCGAUGCAGAAGAGAGGCGCUGAAAGCACAGACAAGGACAAAUUCUUCCGGAUGCGUCCCGGCGAUGUGCAAUUCACGACUGGGGGGAAGGGCAUUUCCCACAGCGAGUUCAACGAAGACAGCCAAGGCACCAACGAAUGGACGCAUUUCCUCCAGAUAUGGGCCUUGCCUUGGAAGAGAAACCUCCCUCCCAUCUACCAUACCAGCACAUUUUCGGCCGAGGAAAAGCGCAAAGGAUUCGUGACGAUCAUCACUCCGUUGAAAGCAGGUGUCAAUGCCAGCUUGGAGGAGGAAAAGGCCGCUGUUCCGGCGAAGGAUGGCACCAUCCCCGUCCAUGCAGAUCUCGUGUUCUCAGCAGGCAUUAUACCGGCGGGCGAUGCGUUCACCUACACAGUCGGCGGAGGAGAUGCAGUCACUUCCAGAUCCGACCGAAAAGUGUAUGUCCACUUUCCUGAAACGAAGAGUGGAAAGUCCAAGAUCAAAUUGGACGGCCGAGAAAUCUUGAAUGAGGGGGAUGGUGCAUAUGUGACUCAUGUGAAUGCUGGCGAUGCACUAAAGGUGGAAAGCAUCGGGGAGGUAGAAGCCGAAGUCGUCAUCAUCGACUCGGAGUAAUUGUGAAAGGAAAGACUCAUUUGUUUUGAGGCUCUAGCCAAAGAGAGAAACGAUACCCGGAGAAUUUGGAUCUGUAUGGAAUAGCAAUUUUAUCGCGACAGGAGUCUAGGUAGUGAAUAACAUUGUGUCUAGUUGAAUUAAAA